GCUCGCGGAGUCCUCCGACGGGGUGUUCGUGUUCGCGGCCGGGGCCCUCGAGGUCGACGCGCCGCCCGCCGGCGGCGCCUGCCGCGUGUACCCGGAGGCUGGCUCGUCUGCGAGCACAGAGUUCCUUCUGUCCUCCUUGGACUGGGUGGACGACGACCUGCCGCUGCUGCACAGGUUCUCGUGGGCCGCGGCGGGCGGCUCCCGCUGGGCGGCCCUCGCGGCGUGGACGCAGGACCAGCACCUCGGCCACCUCGUCUUCUUUGAGGCUGGCGUGCACACGAUCCGCGCCGAGGCGAAGGACACCCUGGGGUCGUCCGCGAGCGCGCUGGGCACAGUGACCGUCGUAGCGCUCACCGCCGGCAAGAGCGACGGCGAGCUGCUCGACGUGCUCUCCGCCAUCGUGGUCGCGGGAAACCGCUUCUCGACGGCGGUAGCCAUCGGCGUGGCGGCGAAGGCGAGCUCCAGCGGCGACCCAGCGUUCUCCUCGUCCCUCCUGGAGACCCUGAACGUCAGCGUCGGGCUCCUGGACCCCGCGCCCGAGUCGGUGGCCCUGGCCAGCGCGGCCAUCUCCCGCGUCGUCGCCGGCGCCGUGCGAGGCAACGCCUCGAUCGACGUGGCCCUCGCGUCGCAGGCCGUCGGGAGCGUCGCAGGCGUGGCCCGCGGGGCGUCCGCGCAGGGCAUGGCCGUCGACUCGGGCUCCGCGCUCGUCGGAGCGCUCGGCACCCUCAUCAAAAGCGUGGCCGCGCUCACCGACGUCCCCUCGCAGGAGCUCCGCGAGCAGAUCGGCGAGGCCGCCGCGGCCGUGGGCGACGCUGCGCGUGCCGGCCUGGCGGCGGGCGAGAGCGUCUUCCUGCAGGAGGGCGCGUGGGUGCUGGGCGCGCCGCUGGCCUCGUGCGCGGAGGCCUGCAGCGCUGCGGGCAUGGGGUGCUCCGAGGCCAGCUUGUGGGGCCAGCGCGCCGCCUUCGACA